ACAAGAGGAAGUGACUCGCCAAUAGGGGAGAGACCAAACCUGAAUUCCCAGACCUGGAAGAUUUUAGCAAUGAAGGCAGCUGUGAUUUUCACUCUGGUGUCUGCCCUGGUCCACAGCAGUCUUCAGGAUGCCGAGACUCCUGCCUCAAAACUGGACCCAUUCAUGGAGUACAUUAAUAUGCGGGACCAGCUCAUUGAGAUGAGUAUGGAAAUGAGGAUCAUGCAGAUGGAUAAUAAAGAUAUGGAGGCUCUAAUGGGAGAAAUAGAGCUGGAGCUGAAAAAUCAGAAAGCGAUACGCAACAUUGCCUUCUCGGCUGCUCUAUCUAAUUCUGUUGGACAGUAUAAUGAAGAUGUUACUCUGGUCUACUCAAAGGUCAUUACUAAUACUGGACAAGCCUACAACCCAGUUACAGGGAUUUUCACUGCACCGCUAAAUGGAAUUUACUACAUCAGGUUCACGAGUUGUGGAAACACAGGAAGACACGGCAUGGCUGUCGAUCUGUACAAGAACAACGAAAAGAUGAGCGGUUUAGUCAAAGAAAGUGAUGGCUACAUGACGUAUUUCUCCGGUGGUCUCAUCCUUCAGCUGGAGGUGGGAGACACCGUUUACACCAAACUCCCCGCCAACACCAAGCUCUACGACGACGUGAACAAUCGCACCACUUUCAGCGGCUUCGUCGUUUCCCUCACGUGAGAGUCGGCUGUGGGGUUUUUAACAGGAACGUGACUCGGCCCUGACGUCCACAAUGUUCUGUCAUAACUCACCCUUCUAGAACGUUCUUUCAUAAUCCUUGCUUUGAUUUCUGGAAUGUCUUAUUUUAAAACCUUGCUCUUUGUUCUUUCUCUGAAUGUUCUUUCAAAACCUCACUGAGAAUUUUUUCCUCAAAGCUUUACAUUCUUUAAUCUUCAUUUAAAACCUCUUAUUGAUUGAACAUGUUCUUUCAGAACCGUACUUUGGGUUAUUACGAUGGCAUUUUGGUGGCACAUUGAAUAAAAAAUUUAAGAAUUCGAAGAUUACAAGAUUAAAGUCGUAGCAAUACGAGAAUAAAGUAUAAAUAUUUUGAGAAUAACGUCGAAAUUACAAGAAUAAAGUCGAAAUAUUUCGAGAAUAAAGUCGUAGCGAUACGAAAGUGAAGUGGUAACAUUUUGAUAAAAAUCACAGAAUUGCAAGACACUUUUCACAGUUUUGCAUAAAAUGAAUGUGGAGGAUUGGUUAAAUCGGAUUUUAGGUUAGGAUUUAGCAAUAAGGAAAUUCUUUUGGUGCAUCAGUUAUAAUCAGUAAACAAACACUGCGGCGGUCAUGUAGGAAACGUAAUUUAUUCCGAAGUUAUCAGUGGUUACAUCUGCAUGCUAUUCGAAGAGGAGAUGUGGUUUCUCAAUAGAGUAUGAGGACGAUAAUCAAAUAAAUCGAUCCUGAAGGAACUUAUUUCUCAAAAUAUUACGACUUUAAUUUACAUUUGUGGCAUUUGGCAGACGCCCUUAUCCAGAGCGACUUACAACUGAGCAGGGGAGGGUUUUAGGGCUUUUGCUCAAGGGCCCAGCAGUGGCAGCUUGGUGGUGGUGGGAUUUGAACCUGUGAUCUUCUGAUCCAAAGCCCAAUGUCUUAACCACUGAGCUACCACCUAAUUUCGCUCUGCUGUAGAGAUUAAGAAAAACUUUUUAUGCAUUUUCCAAAUAAUUAUCUGAAUAAUAAAUCCAAACCUGACCCUGAUUCAUUCUAAACUUAUUUUCCCUCUUUUCUUUGUUUAUAUUUCCUUUGUUCAGCUGUUCUGAGGUCUCGAAACUGCUUUUUACAAUGUAACCUUAAGACUCCAUACACCAGGUGGCAGUGUGACACUGGCAUUUAUCUUUUCUUCUCUUCUACCCUGCCUAAAUUUGUUCAAGUUCAUUCUUGCAACACAAUUAUAAUAAUACUUAUAAUUGUUAUUACUAAACAACUGAAUUACUUUUGGAUUUGCAGGCAUGUCUAAUCAUUUUUAACAUGAAAAUGUGAGCACAGCCGCAAUAGUGUUUUAGUUUGGGGCAAAAAAGGAUCGUUUUCCGAUGUUCGGUAUCCAGUUAAAUGAAAUGGUUUAUCUCUAUAGUGCUUUUACAAUGGAAAUUGCCUCAAAGCAGCUUUACAGAAUGUAAGGAUUAUAGAACAUAAAUCUGCCUAACAUUGAGAGGAACCAGACUCAAAAGGGGAACCCAUCCUCAUUUGUGUGACACAAAGUGUAUAAUUAUAAACAUUAUAUUUCAAACAUUGGGGAAAAACAAUGAAAUAUCAUAACUGGCGUGUAUGAAUAUAAGUAAUGUCCUUUCUACAGUCUUAUACGCUCAGUUAGAAUUGUCGAACCAGGUGCUUGGUGCUUCAACAUUUACAGAUUCAACACCGAUAAUGAAGAUUUGUCAUAGGAACGAGGGAGCAAUAAAGUAUCCUGGAAUAUGAUGCUUUCAAAUCCUUCUCUCGUUACAGCCACGCCCUUGAGAAUAGCUUAAUAAUGUGAAUGGGUGGCGAAUGCAUUUUAAUGUUGCACCACUGCAACACAUGAAUGUGAGUGUAAAGUGACGAAGCAGGGAAGGACGUCCUGCAGAAACACCUGGGAAAACUGUGCAGAGCCCGGAGCUGAAUCUCCUGAUUGUUUCUCUUUUGUUUUUGUUGUUGUUGAAGGAAGCAUAUGUAAAAAUGGAAGGAAGGUGAAUCAGGAGAAAGGAAUUCCUGAGGAAUACCACUGCAGGUUGAACAUAGAUAAGAAAAGUGGUUAAGGAAAGAAAAGGAAGGUCGGAGUGAACGAAUGCUGUAAACAUGAUGUAAACAGAUGGAAUUUAAAGGAUUUAAAGGAUGGAUACAGAGAUGGAGAAAAUGAGGAAAUCCAGGCGACAUCACCGUCUUAAUGCAAAUACCAAGGAGAUGUGUUAAGCUGGAACCAUGACAACGAGUUCAAACAAGUCAGGAUUUUAGCGAUUACAGGCAACUUUAAUGCCAUUUGACCUUCUGAUUCCUGUUAUUUAAACAUAACCUUCUAAACUAGUUGUUGCUAGCGGCUAAUCAGGAAUGUUAGAUCUUCCUGUUCAGGUUUUUUGUCAGGGCCGUUAAAGUAAAAUCAGAAGGAAAUAUCUAUUCAGGCCUACAUGCUCAAUCUCUAAGUUUUUGCUCGGUAUUGUGUGUGUGGGUAUGUGUAGAGCAGAGUUAGCAUUUCCUUUCCAAACACACUGUUGCUAUGAUAAACAGCUGGGGAAAGAUAAGAAUACAGCGAGCAAGUGAACUUUACAUACACGCUACAUGCAAGAUUUUCCCCUCAGAGAUGAUUAUUUAUAGCCCCUUUCGGUUCUCUCUUGCAAAUAAGUUACUGAGUAAUGCAAGGCAGCGAUACAAUUAUGAACUGCACAAAGGCCAUGUUAAUGAGAUCUGCCCAGGAAGCUUCCAAAAGCCACAACCUAUAAAUAUGUACAAGUAUACAAAGUAGUCCCUUCUAUUAUUACCAUCAAACUCCAUCAUUUAUUGACUGUGUUUAUCGAAAUGUCUUGCUGUCAUGGUGCAAUCCUUGAAAAUUGGACGUAUUAGACAAUGUUAGGUCACGCCCAUUUUUAUGACAUCACAAAACGGGCGCAACAAACGCCUAAUAUCAUACAUGAUUCCAGGACCUUCAAAUUUCAGUGUAGACAUUCCUCUAAUUCGAAUCAGAAUUAGAAAAUUAUGAACAUGUAAAUAGUGGAGGGGUGUUUUUUCUUUUUGUUACAUGCACCGUGUUCCGUUCUCUCGGUAGGUGAAAGGGCCUCCACCAAAAAAAAAAAAAAGAAAAGGAAGAUGAAAUGGUAAUGGAAGUUGAGCUAGAAGGGAGGAACAAAACUUUCCUAUCUCAUCUCUCACUUGUCAUGGAAAAUCCUCUUGUCUUACAUAACAGUAAAUUCUACACUCUGGGAUGAAGACUUCGAAGCAUCAGAAGCAAUGAGAUCAGCUGAGGUGAAAAACGUAGCAAUUUAUUUGCAAAAUCAUCUUCGGAAUAAUCAAUAUACAAUGCACAAACAUGCUGAGAUUAAAGUCCUUUUAUUAGCAUUAGGCUAAUUUUGAGAUGAGGGUAUGUGUGUGUGUGUGUGUGUGUGUGUGU